AUGCCUGUAAAGGCGUCGACUUCGACUGUGCGAUGGUGUCGGGACGAAGUAGGGCCUAUCUUUAACGGUCUUCGAUUGUUGUUCCGUAGCCAGCUUGGGUAUGAAGGCAGACAACUGGAACAGCAGUUCUACCGCACUGUGCGGCGUACAGUAGUUGGUGGAGGAACGGCUGUCGAUCCUCUCAAUCCGAAGCAGUCCUCUCCUUCACUAACUCUUCCUGAAACUGCCACAGAUAUCCUGCAGAGAGCCAAUACGGUUGCUGUUGGAAUUCGUACCUUCGCUGAUCUCAUGGCAAAUGGCGUUUAUCCUGGCUCUGGUGGAUACACCGUCUCCCCUUCGGGAGAAAAGGUUUAUAUGUCCAAUCCGUCUCCGAGCAAUGACGUCGUUUUCGGACUUGGAAAAGUGGCAGAGCUGGUUUCCAAAGGAAUUUUCUCUCUCCCCAGCUCUCCACUCCCAAAUCUUGAGCGAUUGGGCGAGAAAGUUGAGGAAGAGCCGUACUUCAAGGAUUCAGACUUCCCGAAAACGGAAAUUUCUGAGACCGAGUCUACGGAGGGCAUUUUAGAUAAUGGCUUAACUAGGGAAGAGCAGGAAUUUCUGUUGAGAGCAGCUCGGUCCGUGGACGAUAUGGAAGCCGAACAGAAAAUCCGAGGAACAAAGAAGAAUAAUAUAUAUCGUCCGGUUCUUCCUGAGGGAUACACAGUUGAUGCUACAGAAAUGAUGAAUAGUGGGCUGUCGAAAAGCAAGGAGAGUAAGGUUCCUUCGUCCAGAAUUGGCCGCCUAGCAUCGUUCGGCCAGUUAGCUAUUGGGCUUGCUGGUGGAGCUGCCGCAGAGGCUACUCGCCGAGCGCUCUCACUUGGUACAUCAGAGCUUGCCGAAAAACUACCGAAGAACCCGUUCUUCUCUCCCGCAAAUGCCGAUCGGAUCGUCCAAACUUUAUGUCGAGUAAGGGGAGCAGCUCUAAAGCUUGGGCAAAUGCUCUCAAUACAAGAUCCUGAAACUGUUCCUGCCGGCCUACUCGAAAUUUUCGAGCGUGUUCGACAGAGCGCUGAUUUCAUGCCUUUGAAACAGGUGAAAAAGCAAAUGAGUGCAGCAUUUGGUCCGGAAUGGAAGUCGAGGUUUGCUUCUUUCGAGGAUCGUCCUUUCGCUGCAGCUUCUAUUGGGCAGGUUCACAAAGCAGUUUUAUUGGAUGGACGUACAGUUGCUGUGAAAAUUCAGUAUCCAGGAGUUGCAGAUGGAAUCGAUUCCGAUAUCGACAAUCUCCUUUCCGUACUCUCGAUUGGUGGACUUUUCCCAAAAGGACUGUUUCUAGAAAGUUUUGUGGAGGUAGCGCGUAAGGAACUCGCUGACGAAUGCAGGUAUCUGAGGGAGGCGCGUGCUAUGAAGAAGUUCCGUGAACUCUUAGCCGAUUCAAACGACUUUUACGUUCCUGAAGUGAUUGACUCACUCACCACUGACCGCGUGCUGACUGCAGAGUACGUUGUGGGGAAGCCAGUUGACAAAUGUGUAAACGAACCACAAGUUGUACGCGACUAUAUCGCUGGGAAAUUCAUUGAACUUUGUCUCUAUGAGAUCUUCACUUGGAGAUUCAUGCAAACAGACCCAAACUGGUCCAAUUUCUUCUUGGGAAUUCAUCCAGUGACAGGCAAGCCUCGCAUGAUUCUUCUCGAUUUUGGAGCGACUCGUUCUUACAGUAAGAAAUUUGUCGAUUGCUACAUGAAGUUGAUCAAGGCUGCAGCAGAUCUCGACACUAAAAGAAUAAUCGAAUUAUCGAGAGAAAUCGGUUUCUUGGCUGGCUAUGAAACUUCCAUAAUGGAGAAUGCCCAUGCUGAGUCUGUGUUGAUAAUGGGUGAAACUUUGGCGAGUAACAAACCAUUCGACUUUUCUCGACAGAGUGUCACUAAAAGGAUUCAAAAACUACUACCCGUUAUGCUGGAACAUAGAUUGAAAUCUCCUCCGGAAGAAGUCUAUUCGCUUCAUCGAAAGCUAUCUGGUUCGUAUUUGCUAGCUACGAAGCUCAAGGCUGUGGUUUCAUGUGGUGCCCUUUUCAAUGAGAUUUACGAUAAUUACUCCUUUGGUGAAGAUGGCAAAGAUAUAGACAUCGACAAAGAGGACGAAACUUCUGCGAAGGCAUCUUGA